GACGAUUCCUUUUAGCCCAUGCUGUCAUCAUGGGUGCCCCAGUUGAACACAUUGGCUUGCUGAUCGGAAUGGCUAAUGGUUGCACGAUCAUUGGUGCCAUCCUGUUGCACCACUUUAUCAAAAACUACGGACAUUUGAACGGCAUGGUCCUCAUCCACUUGCUCGGAGGUCUCUCGACUAGCACAAUUUGGUACUCGGCAAAGGACUUUAAUGUUCUGGCAAUUUUUACCGCUAUAUUCUGCAUGUCAGUUGGCUCGAUCGUCCCUAUGUAUCCGAUGGGCAAGCUCGAGGAAAGCGAAAAGGAGAGCAUACUGUUAGGAAUGACCCAAGUCAUCAAAUGGGUGUUUCUGACCACCGCAGUCGCCAUUCCAGUCCUCAAGGUUUUUUACUUUGAAUGGGUCAUGAACUACCUGAGCACGUACUGGGUCAAACCCGCGGCGAUUCUGGUCACUAGCGGGUAUGUCACUGCCACGGUCGGCUUGUUUGUGCUGCGGUUCUCAAUGUCCCCUCACUUGAAAGCCAAGCUAUAAUUUAGUUUCUUCUAUUAUUUUCUUCGCCAUCAUUAGAAACAGUAGCCAUUAUUUUCUUCAUAUUUCCAAAACAU